ACACAGAAACAGAGACAUAAACAGAGCAAGAGAGAGACAUCUCUCUCUCCAGUUCCGUUGUUUCUCUCUCUAGAACACGGAGAAGAAGAAGAAGAAGUGCAUAACAAUGGGGAAGAGAAGAGGUAUCCCCGCAGUGAACGUGCUUUUCGGGUGGCUGAGAAGGCAGUCGAAGAAGGUUAAGACAACUCUCGCGGUAUUCCUGUCUCUGCUCCUCGUCGUGUCUUUGAGAUUCACAGUGAAGAAUCACAACCAUUUCUUCGUGGCAUCCGAAGCCAUUCACGCCGCCGGGAUUUUUGUUCUGAUCUACAAACUCACCCGUCAAAAGACUUGCUCCGGUCUUUCUUUGAAGUCUCAAGAAAUCACAGCAACAUUCUUUGCUGUGAGAUUGAUCUGCAGCUUAACAAUGGAAGGCGACAUCCACACCAUUCUCGAUCUCGCCACGUUCAUAUCGACUCUAUGGGUUAUUUAUAUGAUUCGGUACAAGCUGAGCUCUUCUUAUGCCAAGGAUCUUGACAAUGUCCACAUUCACUAUCUGGUUGUACCAUCUGCCAUCCUUGCCAUGCUUAUCAAUCCUAACACUCAUCAUCAUUACAUCUUUCGAGUCAUGUGGGCAUUCUGCGUUUACUCUGAAUCUGUCUCUGUUUUUCCUCAGCUUCGAAUGAUGCAAAAUGCCAAGAUGAUAGAGCCAUUCACAGCUCACUACGUAUUUGCCCUCGGGAUGGCUCGGUUCUUGGCAUGUGCUCACUGGCUUAUCCAGGUUUACGAGAGUAGAGGGCACUACCUAUGGUUGAUAGGGUCUGGCUACUUGUGGUUCCCCAUGGCUCUAUUAGCCGAGAUUGUCCAAACGUUCAUCCUAUCCGAUUUCUGUUAUUACUACGUCAAAAGCGUGAUGGAGGGAGAGCUUGUGUUGAAGAUGCCGGUUUAGAUUUGGAGUGUGUGUGUGUCAUGGUCUUCUUUGUUAUGAACUGCUGCAACACACAAGUAACAUUGCUCACUAAUCAACGAUAUGCUGCUGCUGCUGCUUUCUUGUUUUGAGAAUUUGGUUUAAAAAAAAAAAAAACUAGUCAUGUUAUUUUUCCUUCAUUUCUA